AUGCAUGCGACUCGGGCAAGCCUCGUCACCCCUGUCCCCUUUCCGCUUCACCGGUGGCCCUUGCCAGUCAUGCGACACAACGCUGUGCGCUGCAUCACGGACGCGGGCCAUGGCUACGUUCCCCCGAAGCGGCGGUAUGUUGGUGGCGCCGGCCUUGCGCGCUGCCGCGAAAAGAUCGAGAGGGGGCUCGCUCCCAUCACUACGAGCUGGAAGCGGGAUGGCGUGACGAUAGGCUCGGACAUGAUGACGGACAAAAGUGGCCAUCCCCAAGCCAACAUCCUGCUCAUCAACGAUUCCGGUGCAGUGUUCACCGAAAGCAUCGAUUGUAAGUUGGAGAUGAAGACGGGAGGUUACAUUGCAUCCGUUUUGCGCCCGAUCAUUGAGAAGGUGGGGCCCGCCAACAUAGUUGCGUUAUGCAUGGAUGGGGGCAGCAAUUAUGCGGCUGCAUGUAGGGAACUCAUGCUUGAGUAUCCUCACAUUGAGCAUGUGUCGUGCGCUACUCACGUCAUGGAUCUGCUCAUGGAGGACAUUGGGAAAAUGGAUUGGGCGAAGGACAUUGUGGCUAAGGCGGGGAUGAUUAUUACCUUUGUGCGUGCCCACCAUUUCACCAAAGGUUACAUGCGAAGCCCGCAGGUGAAGGGAGGGAAGGGGAAGCAGGUGCUGAAGCCGGCGGGCACCAGAUUUGGCACGCAAUUCAUCGCGGUGCAGCGGCUUUGCGAGGUGCGGAGUGCAUUGACGCAGAUGGUGCUCAGCCCAGAGUGGCAGGCUUGGGCGAAGGGGAGGAAGCCUCCGGUCGAGCCCUUCGCAACCAUGAUCAUGGAUGCCGUGUGGUGGAAAGGUGCGGAGUUCUUCGUCGCCCUCCUGAAGAUCCCCUUUGCCGUCAUGCGAAAGACUGACUCGACGGCCAAGGGCAUGAUGGGCAGGAUGUACGAUCUGAUGCUGCAGCUCACGGAAGACAUCAAUGCGAAGCUGGAGGAGGAGGCGGGAUUGGUGCUGUCCAGCAGCGAACGCACGGAGGUGACCAACAUCGUCCAAAAGCGCUGGGACCAUAGCAUGGCGUGUGCCAUGCACGUGGUUGGCCGGAUCCUCAACCCGGUCAACCAAGAGGAAGGCAUCUUCCGCACCGACCUGGAGUGUACUCGCGUCUUCAAAGCGUUUGUCGCUCGUCACUACGCAGGGCGGACCGUCACGCGCAAGGAGGGCGAGGAGCUGCGCGCAUCCCACGUCAUCCAGGACGGCCUGACGGCAUUCAACACCCUUCAGGGGAGCUUCGGCGUACCCGACGCCAUCUCUGACCGUGAGCUCGUGAAGGCCGGUAAGAAGACGCCCGUCCAGUGGUGGACGUGGCACGGGACGGAGCACCCCGAGCUAACAACGCUCGCUUGCCGCGUUCUCUCUCAGCCAGUGUCCGCAUCGGCGUGUGAGAGGAACUGGGCAGUGUGGGAAUCGAUCCACACUGCCAAGCGCAACAGGUUGGGGUCCGAGAAGUGUCGGGACCUCGUGUAUGUUGCGCACAAUUGGAACAUUGUGCGCAACUGGCACAAGGGGGCUGAGGGGGUGACGGUUCUCCCGGGGAACAUCCCUGAGGCCUCCCUGCCGGAAGGGUACAACGAGGUUUUGGAGGAGGAUGAGGAGGAGGGGGAGGAGGAUGAGCUAGAGGAUGAGUACAAGUAG